AUGCCGCCACCGGAUGGACUGAAGAAUGUCAGAAGGCUUUUGACAAAAUUAAGGAAUAUUUGUCUAACCCACCAGGUUCCACCAGAACUGGGAAAGCCGUUGUUGUUAUAUCUAUCCGUUAUAGAUAAUGACUUUGGAUGUUUGUUAGGGCAGCAUGAUGAUACAGGGAGGAAAGAGCAAGUCAUUUACUACCUGAGUAAGAAGUUCACACUGUACAAAGCUAGGUAUACAUUGUUGGAACGGACUUGUUGUGUAUUGACCUGGGUUGCGCAAAGGUUAAGGUACUACCUGUCUGCGUAUACCACAUACUUAAUUUCGAGAAUGGAUCCACUCAAGUACAUAUUUCCGAAGCCAAUGCCUACUGGAAAGUUGGCAAAACGGCAGAUCUUGUUGAGUGAGUUUGACAUUAUGUAUGUGACACAAAAAGCUGUUAAAGGGCAAGCUUUAGCUGAUCACCUCACAGAAAAUCCGGUAGAUCAAGAUUACAGGCCGCUCAAGACCUACUUUCCUGAUAAAAAGGUGUUAUUUGCAGGAGAAGACAUCUCAGAGUCAUAUAAUGAAUGGAGAAUGUUUUUCGAUGGAGCAGUGAACUUUAAUGGAGUCAGAAUUGGAGCAGUCCUAGUUUCAAAAAUAGGUCAACACUACCCAAUCUCGGCGAAGAUUAGGUUUUCUUACAUGAAUAACAUGGCAGAAUAUGAGACUUGCAUUCUCGAGCUUAGGAUGGCAGUAGACAUGGACAUUAAAGAGCUAUUGGUGAUAGGAGAUUCAGAUUUGUUGAUCCAUCAGCAUCCAGAUAAGAAUUACAUCAAUCCCAUCAAUGUGGAGAUAUAUGACCAACAAGCUUAUUGCUUCCAUGUAGAUCAAGAGCCAAAUAGAAAGCCGUGGUACUAUGACAUUAAGAGGUUACUUGGAGUAAGAGGAUAUCCAGAAGGCGCUACUGACAAAUAG